GUUCCUUGCUAGCGUUCCUACAGUCCAAGUGUCACUCUAUAUAUAAUAUAUUAUUUAUGAUAAAAGUGUCAUUUACAUCCGUAAUUUGAAGUAUUUGAUGAACAUUUAAACAGGCUCGUACGCAGGGAUCCUAUAAGUUUCGUUCUUGUACGUAAUUUUACCAGUUCUGUGAAAGACAAUAUUUGUAAUAGAUAAAGUUAAAAAGUGAAAAAGUUUAAUUUUUGUUUGGACGUAAGAUUUAACAAUUUCAGUAAGAAGACAUAAGUUUGUUGUAAGCGUGAAUAAUUGUCAGAUAUUCUUAACCUAUUUUUUUUAAAUACAAUUACAAUUUUAUACAAAAUGGAUAAUAUAUUUGGAAAAGAAGAUUCGGAGAAUGAAAGUGAACAUGUAGAGUUAGAUGAUAAAGAUGAUAAAGAUGAUAAAGAUGAUAAAAAUGAUAAAAAUGAUAAAUAUGACAAAUUCAAUAUUUCAUUAAGUUCUGCAAUAUCUAAGGAUAAUGAAAAUAUAGAUUUGGAUAGUUUACCGAUAAAGGGAGAACUUGAUACUACGAGCUCCCAAUCUCAAUCCGAUACAGAAGAAGUAGGUUCUAAUUCCAUAUGUAUGGUAGCAGAUGAUCAGUUGGAAAUAGUAAAGCAUGAAAUUGAAACUAAAGAAGAAGAACCAAGUACAGAAGAUAUUUUUGGCAAUGAUAUUAUGUUACCGCAUACUAAUCAUACAACUAUUAAAGAAAGAAGAGAAAGUAAGGAAAAAAGUAAAAAGGAGUUGGAAGAGGAAGAAAGAGAGAAAAUGCAAGUACUUGUUUCUAAUUUUACAGAAGAUCAGUUGGAUAGAUAUGAAAUGUAUAGGCGAGCUGCGUUUCCAAAGGCAGCUAUAAAGAGGAUUAUGCAAACAAUAACAGGUUGUUCUGUAUCUCAAAAUGUUGUUAUAGCUAUGUCAGGAAUUGCUAAAGUGUUUGUCGGUGAAAUUGUAGAAGAAGCUUUAGAUGUAAUGGAAACUAGUGGAGAAACCGGACCAUUACAACCCAAACAUUUAAGGGAAGCAGUUCGCAGAUUAAGACUUCAGGGCCAAAUUCCAAAUGGUCGUGCGCAUAAAGCAUUCUUUAGAUUGUAAAUUAAUAUAGGAUUUCAUUUCCUUCAUAUAGUUUUUGUUUUUGUAGCAAAAGAAAUAAUUUUAGGUAGCAGAAAUUGUAUAUAAUAUUAA